GCUCCUCAAACAUGUCUCAGUCACGGCGGCGUUCGCGUGCCCACGAUCUUCGGUGCUGAGCGCUUGCGUUCCUUGACUCGAGAACCUAUUGCCUCGCCCGCAAUGGAGCAGGAGGAGAGGGGGAAAGGUAAUAUAUGUGUUCGUCCAGAUACAACAGGUGGAUCGACAACCGGAGGGCGUGUACACACUGUUAAUGCAGUGGUCUCAUCUAGCCCAGCAUCACUCCAAGACGACGCUGAAAGCACCGAUACUCCGUGUCCAUCCCCGUAUCGCCCAUUAAGGUAUCGACGAUUCGAUUGAAGUCUGCUGCGGCCUUCCACAAUCUUUUCGACCAGCGAUCUUUGUGUCGGGGAUCAAUCUAGCUCUUCCCGAGGCCAGAUUCGCGCCAUCUCU